GGGCAGAGUAAAGCAAUGGAGUAAUACAAACGAUACUGUAAUCCCUCUCGCUUCGCCGCUUCCUCUCUACUGAAACAUAUUAUUCAUAUUUACCAUAUUGGAUAAUUAUUUUGGUUAAUUGCUGCAAAAUAUAUUUUACGAUACUGUUAUUUUCCUGGAAAAGAUAGGUAAGCGUUUGCUAACUAUUAAUUGUUCACCUCUUUUGGGCGGUGGUUUAUUUGAGUUCUGUGAAGGUGUCCAGCAAGCUAACAAGGCCUUGGCUUUAACAAGCUAGCAAACGUUAGCCCUGCUAGCUAGCUAUUUGCUAAACUAAGCUUAUGAACCUUGAUACUAGGUUUUAUGUUUUUCAAAUGUUGGUAUUUCUAACGCUAAAGCAAUUAUUUAGCUGGAUGUAAAAGUUCAACAUUGUGACAAUCCAGUCAACUUUAGUUUGCUAAAGCCAGAGACUUAAUUCAAUAAACACCGCCGUCCAACCAGCUUCAACUCACAACAUUUUAGCUUGCUUUACCACAUAUUUAAUUUUGGCUUUACUAGUUCACUAGCUAGCCUUCCCCCGAUAUAAACGUAUGAUUCACUUGUUUCCGGGUAUUUUAUAUUUCAGACCUCAUGGUUGUCUGCAUUGAAAUGAAUGGUUAAGUUUUUCUGAUGCAGUUACAACAUCUUUAGGUACCAUCUGAAAUACACUUUAGAUUGCCAGAAGAUACCAACCCUACCGUUACGCUUGUUUACACUGAGCAGCAGCGUAAACAAUCUUAACGGUAGGGUUUUUAUCAUCUUGCUAACUGUUUAGAGUCCUUUAGAGGUUUUAGCUAGAUGGGAGUAACUAUUGCAGCAGGACAGCAUUUGCAAAUAUACAUGUUAGAAAAUGGAAAGUUUAUGUUCCCUACAAGUUGCUAGUGUCUAUCUGUAAAAAGCAGCUGAAAUAAUAUGAUUGGGUUUUAGAUUAAAAUGUUUAACUGAAAUCCUGUUUUUAUCUUAUCUAUUUUUCCCUUUUUCUCAGGAGAAUGGCUGCUGCUGAGGUGAACAGUAGUUCUGCUCCGGUGAUGGAGGAAAAGGAGCCUAUGGAAGUCACCGCCGAAAGCGAGCACACAGAGAACUACCAGACACUCAUCGAUGCCGGACUGCCGCAGAAAGUGUCUGAGAGUCUCGACAAAAUAUUCUCAACCGGUGGGGCAUCCGUCAUACAAUGGCUGAGUCUAAUCUAUUUUCCAAAGAAGCGUGGUGUUGCUCGAGGAUCCAUGAAGUGAAUAAAGGCCAGGUUGUAAUAGUACGAAUCUGUCUUGUACCCACAGGGUUGCUGGCGUACGCUGACCUAGACGAGAGGGCCAUCGAUGCUCUGCGGGCGUUCAAUGAAGAAGGAGCGUUGUCUAUACUGUCGCAGUUCAAAGAAAGUGACCUGACCCAUGUCCAGGUGAGUUACAGUGGGAGCAGAAUGAAAGAGAAUGAAUGGAAGUCAGUUUAGAUGAUGAUUGCAUUAGAAAGAGUCUUCAGAAGUUGACAUUGAGGGGUCUAUAAUUUUUCCUCUGCUCAUAACACCAAUACAUGAAUCAACUCUGCUGUGGUUUGCUUUCCAGAACAAAAGUGCUUUUAUUUGUGCAGCUAUGAAGACGUACAGACAGAGGGAAAAGCAAGGAAGGAAAGUACAAGAAUCCACUAAGGGUCCUGCCGAGUCCAAGAUCAAGGUAAAAUGCAGCUUUUUGAAAGUGAAUUCAGUAGCGUCAAUAGAACCUGCUGUGUGUGUGAACCUGCUCAGGUUGUGUAGUUCUGUAGUGGUUAUGCUGAUGUCGACGUGUUCCCCAGGCUCUGCUGGAGAGGACAGGAUACACCCUGGACGUCACCACCGGACAGAGGAAAUACGGAGGGCCCCCACCAGAGGAUGUGUUUAAAGGAGCACAGCCUGGGAUUGGAACUGAGGUAAAGCUGCUGGAGAUGCUCCAUUUUCAAGUAACAAUAUUUGAAAGGGUCAUGGUCAUCGUCGGCAAAGCCGUUAUCUGAUAUAGAGCAGAGAGAUGAGUUUGCAAGUCUGUGUCCCCAAGAAUGUCAGUAGAAAAGUAUAUAGCAACACCCAGCAUUCUUCCCCGAUCACAUUGUGGAACCCUCAUUCAGUCUGUUGUCUGCCUUUAGGUGUUUGUGGGAAAGAUCCCCAGAGACCUGUAUGAAGACGAGCUGGUGCCUCUGUUUGAGAAGGCGGGCCCAAUCUGGGACCUGAGGUUAAUGAUGGACCCACUGUCGGGUCAGAACCGGGGCUACGCCUUCAUUAACUUCUGCAGCAAGGAUGCAGCAGCUGAGGCGGUGAAACUUGUAAGUCCCUGCAGUCAGACAUGGUCUUAGUUUACCUUCUACAAACCAAGGGUCUGGUUUCCCAGACCCAGAUUAAGCCUUGUCCUACUCUUGAAAAUCACUUUCAAUAGGGAAUCUUCAUUAAGUGUGCUUUUUAGUCUAGGGCCAGGUUUAAUCUGUGUCUCGGAAACCGACCCAAGAUGUGAUACAUAUUUCAUUUUGGAGCGGUCGUCGGACUGCCUCCAGCUACCUUAUCAACCCUACAAAGCCAUCUUUCCUCUAUUCUGGUUUUCAGUGUGACAACUAUGAAAUCCGGUCUAGGAAAUACCUUGGAGUGUGCAUAUCUGUAGCAAACAACCGCCUGUUUGUCGGAUCAAUCCCAAAGAACAAGACCAGGGAGAGCAUAUUGGAGGACUUCAGCAAAGUCACAGGUCAGUGAAAGUGCAGACACCCCAAUUUGGUUUACAUUGUUUUAUGUUCUGUGGGUUAUCAUUUGUCAGAUAUCAGUCAUGUCACUCGUUCUUGUUCCUCCAGAGGGGCUUCAGGAAGUGAUCCUCUACCACCAGCCGGAUGACAAGGAGAUUAACCGUGGCUUCUGUUUCCUGGAGUAUGAGGACCACAAGUCUGCAGCCCAGGCCCGCCGCUGCCUCAUGAGUGGCAAGGUGAUGGUGUGGGGGAACCCGGUCACUGUGGAGUGGGCCAACCCGGUCACUGAGCGCGACACGGAUGUCAUUGCCAAUGUGAGUACUCUCUCUCACUUUCUCUGUCAAUUUUACAACAACACAUGAACGACCCCCCCUCUGUAUUCCACUUCUGUUUACUUUUAUUCAACUUUAACUUUUAUUUAUACUUUUCUAAACUGAGUUGAACUUUGUCUGUGUGAGUCAGCAGGCGAAGGUCUUGUUUGUCAGGAAGCUGGCCAACUCAGUCACAGAGGAGCUACUAGUGAAGACCUUCUCUGCCUUUGGCAAACUGGAGCGGGUGUAUAAGCUCAAAGACUACGCCUUUGUCCACUUUGAGGACAGGGACGCUGCUGUGAAGGUGGGUUACCCUCAGUAAAACAUACUCGUUGUUUUUUUUUUACCAUGCUUCGGAUGUCUGAUAACAUUUUUGCUGCUUUUCUCAGGCAAUGGCAGAAAUGAAUGGGAAGGAGCUGGGGGGAGAGGAGAUUGAAAUAAGAAUAGCAAAGAAGAAGAAGGCGCGGAAGACUCAGCGCCAGACCACCAGAAACCCAGGGUGAGGCCACAGAGAGACUGGGAUUGACUGAAAUCUGUUAUCUGAUUUAGUAGAUUUCCCAUCAUGGGAUUACAUUGAAAGUUAUGUUUUUCCUGUUUUUCAGAAGGAAUGAUGACGAUUACAACCACCAACGGCCACGCAUGCCUCCACCAGAUAGGGGCAGGGGCCGUGGUGGCCGAGGGGGCGGGGGCUACGCUGCAUACCCCCCAGACUACCACAGCUACGAUGACCACUACGGCUAUGACUAUCACGACCCCUGCAGGGGUUACGAGGACCCCUACUACGGUUACGAGGACCCCUACUACGGUUACGAGGACCCCUACUACGGUUACGAGGACCCCUACUACGGUUACGAUGACGUGUACAGCAUGAAGGGCCGUGGUAGCAGGCCCAGCAGGGGAGGCCCGCCCCCACCCAGGGCCCGUAGAGCACCACCCACCCAGGGCCGAGGGGGCUAUGCGCAGAGGGGGCCACCCAUCAGAGGGCCCAGGGGUAGCAGAGGAGGGGGCCAUGGGGGACUCUUCCAGCCACAGAGGGCCCACAGUACCCGAGGAGCCAGGGGGAACCACGGAGGCAAUGUGGGUGGGAAGAGAAAGGCAGACGUCUUCAACCAGCCUGAUUCAAAGCGCCGGCAGACCAACAAGCAGAACUGGGGGUCCCAGCCCAUCGCCCAGCAGGAAGGUGGCGACUAUUCCGAUAACUAUGGUUAA